AUGUCCUCCCCCUCAACCCGCCGCCUCCUCAAAGAAAGCACCGACCUGCACAAAAACCCAAGCCCAUACUUCACAGCCGCUCCAAUUAGCGACACAAACCUCCAUGACUGGCACUUCACCCUAGCCGGGCCCCCCUCCCCCUCCCCCUACGCCCAAGGCCUCUACCACGGCCGAAUCACCUUCCCAGCCACAUACCCACUCCGUCCGCCAUCCUUCCGCUUCCUCACGCCCUCCGGCCGCUUCGAGGUCAACCGCGAAAUCUGUCUCAGCAUCUCCGGCCACCACGAAGAGACAUGGCAGCCGGCUUGGGGCGUGCGCACCGCGCUGCUGGGCAUCCGCUCUGAGAUCUUUGGGUCGGAGAGUCAGGGCCAGGUUGGUGGCAUGGAGGGGAGUGACGAGCUGCGGAGAGAGUUUGCACGGCUCUCACUUGGCUGGUCUUGUCGUGAGUGUGGGGUUGGGAAUUUAGAGGCUAUGAGGGAGUUGUGGGGGGUUUGUCGGGAGCGCGGGGUUGAGGUUGAGGGUGAGGUUGCUGCUUUGGAUGGGUGUGUUGGUGCUGGUGUCGAGGGCCAACGGGAGACGGUUGAGGCUGGUGCUGAGACUGAUGCUCCGGCUGCGGCUUCAAGUCGAAAUGCUGUUCCUGUUGGUAAUGAGGACCAGGCUCGAGGGGAGGAUGCUGUAGAGCGUACUCAGGCUGCGGAAUCUGUUCCGACUCCUUCUGCGCCUGCACCGGUGCCCGCGGGACAAGUACAGGCACAGGCACAGGCACAGGCAUCGCUAUCUCCUAUACCAGCACCGGCUGCUGCUGUUAUACCUCCGCGGACAAGCUCCUCCCAAAAGGAUUCGACAGAAUCUCCGUCUGAAGGUGUCUGGCUGGACCGGGCUAUUAUUGGGGUGCUCAUUGCUCUUGUCUUGUUGAUAUUGCGCCGAGUGGCGAACGUCGACGAUCUGUAG